AUGGACAGCCUUGUGGCCAAGUACAGCCGCCCGGCGUUCGAGCAACACAACACCUUCAGAGACGAUGAGCAGGAGGACCUUGAGCUCCUGGGUGGAGCGCCGCCGCUGUCAUUGAAGUUUGCUAUGCCCCCGGUCGCACAUACUGACAUGGGGAACCCCUCAAUGCAGCCCUCCUCCUGGCUCCGCGCAGCAACAGACGACCGAGCCAACCCCGACUGCCCCAUCAAGAUUGCCCACGGCACAACGACCCUCGCCUUCCGAUUCCAAGGCGGCAUUAUCGUCGCCACCGAUUCCCGUGCGACUGCCGGAAACUGGAUUGCCUCGCAAACAGUCAAGAAGGUCAUUGAGAUCAACUCAGUGCUCCUGGGCACCAUGGCCGGCGGUGCCGCUGACUGUCAGUACUGGCUUGCAUGGUUGGGCAUGCAGUGCCGCCUGCACGAACUCCGCCACAAGCGCCGCAUUUCCGUCGCCGCGGCGUCCAAGAUUCUCGCCAACCUCGUCUACUCAUACAAGGGCAUGGGCCUCAGCAUGGGCACCAUGUGUGCCGGCGUUACGAAGGAGGAGGGCCCUGCGCUGUACUACGUCGAUUCAGACGGCACUCGUCUGCCUGGCAACCUCUUCUGUGUCGGCAGUGGUCAGACUUUUGCCUACGGUGUUUUGGACGCUGAGUACCGCUACGACUUGACCGACCAGGAAGCUCUUGACCUCGGUAGCCGAAGUAUUCUUGCCGCUACGCACCGUGACGCCUACUCUGGUGGUUUCAUCAACCUCUACCACGUCAAGGAGGAGGGCUGGGUCAAGCACGGCUUCAAUGACACGAAUCCCAUUUUCUGGAAGACGAAGCUGGAGAAGGGCGAGUUCACCAACGUCACUGCCGACUUGGACUAG